CCCUUCCGCCGUGGCCGUGGGAGGAGCUGCCACUUCCCCGGGGUAAAAAUGGACCGGGAGACUCCGCGCUCCCCGCCUGUAUAAAUACACAGACCCACUACCCAGCAACCGCAAGCCCAGCCGAGCCCAGCCCGACGGCUUUCCGGCGGUUUUCGCGGCGGCUGGUUGCUCAUCCGUGGGCGGUUUCCGGCGGAAUUUGUGUUCUCCUCUCCUGCUUCUCCUCGGCCACCUACCUCGGCAAGCAUUCCCCUUGUCCGGAACCGCCCUGCUCGUCUUCCACCUCGCGGCCCGUUCGAUUUCAGAACGAGACUCUGGUCCCUGACGGAGCCUAGAUCGAGGCAAAUGCGUUGGGAGCGGCGGCGGCCAUUGUAGUUCGAUCCGUCCGUCCGAGAACGUUGCUUUCUGGUGCUCCGUCCGUCCGAGGCGAUGCUGCGGAACAGAUCGAGGAGAGCGGUUGGCGCCGGAGGCGGGGGCGGAGGUCUCAUGCCUCAACCUGAGCCCCUCGCCGGCGCCACUGCUCAGUCUUCUUCUUCCCCGAGGCCGUACAUGGCGCUGCCGCAGGCUGGGUUCUUGGACGGCGCGGAGCAGGGGCCCUCCUCCUCCAUGAGCCCCACCUCCAUUCUCGAGACCAAGCAGUUCUGCUGCUCCGCGCUGCCGCCCUUCCUCUCGGAGAGAAGCCUCAGGAAGGCGCAGAUGGAGACGGCCGCUCUGGGUGCGGAGCCGGCCGGCGCCGGCGGCCUCGCCGACGUGCUCCGGGAGCACGGCAACGCCGAGGCCGGCGGCCGCAAGGUGGUGUUCGGGUCGCAGCUCAGGAUCCAGGUCCCGUCCGGCAGGGCCGCGGAGCUGGUGUCCUCCCCGAUAGAGUUCGGCGUCAAGAACCGGGACGCCGUCCUGUCCCCGGCCAGGAGGUUCCUGCCGGAGGUCGUCAGCUCGCCCACCGCCCGGGUGUUCGCCGCCGGCGUCGCCCCGGGGGAAAUGGCCAUGUCGGAGGACUACACGUGCGUCAUCUCCCGCGGCCCCAACCCGAGGACCCGGCACAUCUUCGACGACUGCAUAGUCGAGAGCUGCGGGGAUGUGCUCGUGGACAACGGACCGGGCACCGCCGCCGUGCCGGCGAGCGGUUUCUUGAGCUCUUGCCAUGCAUGCCGCAGGCAACUUGCAGGGCAUGCCAAUGAUACCUUCAUCCAUCGGUACUGAAACAACACAAUUUACACAAAAAAGAAUGUGCAUUCACAACAUGGAGCAGAAUGUAAUUUCUGAAUAUACUGUCACAACUAGUAGUAUGCAUCAGAUGCAGAGUAGAUAGAAGGCAGGGGAGGGAUAAAAUUAUGCACUGACAUCAAAUUCUCAGUUUUUAGUUACUGCCAGUAUUUGACAUGAGUGCUUCAUCAUUGCAAGUUUUAUGUGUGUAAUCAUCAACUCGCUGAUUGUUGAUAUAUAGUAUCAACAUAAUUCAUCUGCAGUAUACUUCAUCAAGAUCAUGGCAGUUUUAUAUGUUAUUAGGGAUCUUUGAGGAUGGGUCUGAUUCUUCUUCAUUAUUGGAGCUUAAUUAGUAGAGUAGGCCUUGUUUGGUGGGAACAAAAUAUGUCCUUGUGAGGGAGUUGUUUCGAUUCCAGAUCGCUUUCACGUAGAAAACCAUGCAAAACAAUCUCAUUAUCCUAUUGUUGGGGCCCUACCCCGGGGGAUUAUGUUAACAACUAAUUCCUACUACUCCGUCCCAUAAUGUAAGACGUUUUUUAAUGCUAUAUAAGACGGAGGGAGUAGCUAGGGAUAAACUAUUUGGCAUCCUAAACCAGGUCCAUGUCCCAAGCCUACUCCUGAGUCCUGACCAUGACCCGGACCAGCUAUCAUCAUCAUCCACAAAUACAAAAAAUACAAGGCAGGGGAGGGAUAAAAUUGUGCAUUGACAUCAAGUUCUGGUUUUUAUUUACUGCAAUUUGACAUGGAGUGCUUCGUCAUUGCAAGUUUUAUCCAUGUAAUCAUCAACUCACUGAUUGUUUUCGAAAAGGAGGAAUACCCCCGGCUCUCCGUCAAGCGAAGCAGAUAGUACAUCUUCAGUAUAUAUACUUCAUCAAGAUUAUGGCAGUUCUAUACUAUGCCAAUAAUAUAUCUUCGUCGAUGGGUCUGAUUCUUCUUCAUUAUUGGAGCUUGUAUAGUAGAGUAGGCCUUGUUUGGUGCGAACAAAAUAAAAUGUUUCCUUCCGCAUCGCUUUCGCGUAGAAAACUAUGCAAAAAGAAGCUCAUUAUCCUAAUGUUGGGUCCCCUGGGGGAUUAUGUUAACAACAUCCUAGGGAUUAAACUAUUAGGCCUCCUAAUUGAUGAUGUUGCUAAAUGCUAAACGAGGUCCCUGUCCCAAGCCUACUCCUGACCAUGACCCGAAGCAGCUAUUAUCGUCAUCGCAAAUACAAAAAAAGAAUCGCAUAGUAGUAUAUGCUUGCUAGUUUGACAGCCUUAUGCCAAAAGAUUAUACUGAGUUGAGUUUGGUUCGAUAGGAAAGGGAUCUGUGCCAUGUCUUUGUUCAUGGAUUGAAGUGAUAAACUCAAACCUGGAGAUGCGCUCAAAAACUUUUAGCCGGCCUCACGAUUUCAGAUGCUAUCUUCUCGAUCAGAGCAGUUUUGUUUGUGCCUCUGCUUUGCACAAAGAGCAUAACAUGAACAUCAAUUGCCCCCAAAAGCUCUGCUUUUUUUUAAAUAACUCAUCAGUUGGAUAUUAUUGGCACAUUUCUGUGAUAUAAUUGGUCCUUUUUUCUUUCUUUCU